CUUCGCCUUGGACUCCCCCACACAACGCAGCACCCGCACUCUCCAGGCGUCUGCCAAUCCGAAACGAAACCCACCCGUCGCCUAGAGGCAAACCAGGACUGAGAUUGAGCGGAGAGCAGCACAGCCAUGGCGGGGCAGGAGGUGGCGAACAAGCGGGUGGUACUGAAGCGCUACGUGACGGGGUUCCCCGGCGCGGACGACAUGGAGGUGGUCACAGGCACCGCGCGCGUGGCCGUGCCGCCGGGGUCGACGGCCAUGGUGCUCAAGAACCUCUACGUGUCGUGCGACCCUUACAUGCGCGGCCGUAUGACCAAGCACGAGAGGCCCAGCUACGUCCCGGACUUCGUCGUGGGGGAGGUUUUGGAAAACUUUGGCGUCUGCAAGGUGAUAGCAUCUGGGCACCAGGAUUUCAAGGUUGGCGAUCUUGUGUGGGGGAUGACCGGAUGGGAGGAGUACACUCUCAUCCAUAACCCGGAGUCAUUUUUCAAGAUCAAGCAUCCUGAAUUGCCUCUGUCCUACUACACAGGCGUUCUUGGCAUGCCGGGCCUUACUGCUUGGGCUGGAUUUUUCGAUGUGGGCAAGCCCAAGAAAGGCGACUAUGUCUUCGUCUCAGCAGCAUCAGGAGCCGUUGGUCAGCUUGUUGGGCAGUUUGCUAAGCUCACAGGAUGUUAUGUUGUCGGCAGUGCUGGUUCUGACGAGAAGGUUAAUCUUCUGAAAACAAAGUUUGGCUUCGAUGAAGCAUUCAACUACAAGAAAGAGCAGGACCUCGAUGCCGCCUUGAGGAGGUACUUCCCAGAGGGCAUUGACAUCUACUUCGAGAACGUGGGUGGCAGCACACUGGAAGCCGUGCUUCCCAACAUGCGUAUCCAUGGUCGGAUCCCUACCUGCGGAAUGAUCUCGCAGUACAAUCUGGAGGAGCCAGAGGGUGUGCACAACCUAUUUGAAAUCAUCACUAAGCGCCUGCGCAUGGAGGGUUUCAUGGUCUUCGACUACUACGGCCAGUACCACAAGUUCGAGCAAGAGAUGGUCGGGUACCUCAAGGCGGGGAAGAUAGCCUACGUCGAGGACAUUGCUGAGGGGCUAGAGAAGGCGCCGGAGGCACUCAUCGGGCUCUUCACCGGGCGCAACGUCGGCAAGCAACUGGUCGCCAUUGCGCGGGAAUGAAUGCUG